CGGCUGCGGUGGCGCUGUGUCAGCGUACUGUACCUCCAGGACGUCGUGGACUUCGAGGAGACGUUUAGGCAGAUGGAGAGCCUAGCACUUUCGUCCAACCUGUCGGUCGCCGGGGUGCCCGUGCCAGCCAGCGCCCGCUCCAGCAGCACCCACACCAGCAGCCUGAGGCAGGCUCUCCUUGAUGUCCGUGAGAAGCAGGCGGGAGGACACGCCGCCGUCGUGCUGCUGAUGCCGGCGUGGUGCGUGGACGCGGUGCUGCGGACGGCCGCCGCCCUGGAGGACGAGGGCCUGUGGGUGCCCCGGGAGGUGUCGCUGAUCGGGGUGGGUGGAGAGGCCGAGGCCGCCUUCCUGGCGCACAGCCGCCAGACUCUGGGCGGACUCAUCCUCCGAUCGCGACCCGGCGGCGUCCCCGAGUUUGAACGCUACUUCCGCUCACUGUCCCUCGACGCCAACCAGCGCAACCCGUGGUUCAGCGAGUUCUGGUCCAGCGUGUUCCACUGCCGGGGCAGCGCCUGCCGUAGCUCGGGCCGCGGCGCGCGCGGCCUGGACGCCUAUCAGAUGCAACCCAACCCAGCCACCGCCAACGUCAUCAACUCGGUCCUUGCCGUGGGCCACGCUCUGCAGACCGUCAGGAGAGAGCUGUGUCCGGGAGACGCCGGCUCCGGGCUCCGCUCUCCGUGCCGCUCCAUGGCGGGCAUGCUCAGGGUGCGGGCGCGGAUGCUGGAGGUCGCCCCCAGGAUGGCCUUCGUCGGCGCGGGCCUCAACGCGGUGGCCUUCUCCGCAACCGGCGAGAACACCAACGUGGCCGUGGAGGUCCUCAACGUGCAGGUGUCAGCCCACAGCAAAGCUGCCGUCGCGGUACCGGUGGCGGAGCUGUCCGCUGCUGACGGGCUGACUGGCCUCGUAGAGGACACCGCCAGGGCGUACCGCGGCCCGAACAGGGAACCUGUCGACCUCCUGGACACAACGAUCUCCUGCCCGGGAGUACACUCCACCACACCGGCCACCCUCACUUCCACCCUCCCGCCGACCACCUCCACCACAGCCGCCAGCAGCACCAGCAGCAGGUACCUGAUGGAGUUGCCCGGCGUCGGCGCCGAGGGCCAGCCCGCGCCUGCCCUACUCGUGCUGCUGGCGGCACACUCCCCGAUGCACGGCGUGGGCGCGGGGCCCUUCCACUGCGGGGACCUGGACGCGGACGAGCUUUGUCACCUGGCCGGUGCCAUGUUCGCCGUGCACCGUGCCAACACCAACGCCUCCUUGCUUAACGGUCGAGGUCCUAAACUGGGGCUGAUCGCCCUGGACACGUGUGGCCAGCCCGGGCGCGCGUACUCCAGUCUGUUCGCGCUGCUGUCCCAGUCCGAGCGCUCCGCCGUCCCCGUCGCCGCCCUGGUCAUGGACGGCGCGUCCGUGGUCGGGCCCAUGGUGGGGCCGCUCCUGCACAUGCAGGCCAUACCGCAACUCAACGUCUCGGACCACCAGCCCCAGCGCCACAUGGAGGUGCAGGCGGGCACGGAAGCCACCUCCCGCGCGCUCCUGGAUGUGUCCGUGGCCCUGCAGAGGCACACCGCGCCGACGUCCCCCGCGGGUGCCACCGAGUCGCAGGAUGCCCAAGGCGCGGCCGCGCCCCUCGUGGUGCUGCACGGCUCGGCGCCGCACGCGCGCGCCCUGGCCCGCCACCUGGAGAGCGCCAGCCUGGCGCGGUGCCCCGCCCACGACCACCACACCGCGGCCCCGGGCUGCCUGAGCGCGGUGCUGCCUAUGCCCGCCGGCGACGCCAGUCCGACGGGGCGCUCCGGGCCGCUGUAUCUGCUGUCCAGCCUCACCCCCAACUCGGUAGUCAUCCUGGCCCUGGACAGCUUGGACGAUGUGCGCGCCCUGCUCCUGGUGGCGCAGUCCCCACUGGUGCCCCGCCUCGUCUUCCUCGCCGUGCUGCGCUCGGCUACGCCUCUGCGCGCGGACGGGCAUAGCGUCCUCAGCCUGGUGGCCGACGCCUCGGUGGUCCCGCCUUCGGCCACUCCUCGGCGCGCCGGAGCGGACAGCCUGGAGGCGGCCUUCACCGAGUGGCUCCAGAACAACCCAAUGUCGGGCAUGCCCUCGGCGUGGGCGGACAGCCUCCGUUCGUCCUCCUGCGACCCGGAGGACCUGGACCGCGACUUGUGGACCCGAGCAGAUAUCAUGCACGCCGUGGAGCGCGUUGCAAGGGGCGUGCGAUGGGCGACGGACAACAGGACGCAACCGGCCGACCUGCCCUCGCAGGUGUCGGUCUUCCUGGAGGAGGAGAAGCGCGCCGACUCGGCCGACCCUCUGCCGCCGCCCAAGGUGGACACCUUUCGGAUCUGGCGAGGCGACGAGGCCCUCGGGUCCUGGAGCCCGCAGGGAGGCCUCGCCCUCAGCACCGAGCCGGGCCUGCUUGCCCUGGACGAGUUGUCGGUGAGCGGGCGCCCCACGCUGUUCCACAACCUGCAGUACGCGUGGGCCUUGUCGCUGCUCGUGCUUGCGCUGCUUGGCAUCCUGCUCACCCUCCUCACCGCCGUCUUCUUCCUCUCGGCCGCCGCCGUCUCCAAGACGCCCAUCUCCGGGGGCGCAGGUACCUCCGUGCUGGGCUACCUCAUCCUGCUGGGGCUGCUGCUCCUGCACGGCGCCGUCCUCGGCCUGGUGCUGGCUCCGGGGGAGAUGACCUGCGGCGCGCGCAGGAUCCUACCCGCCCUCGCCUACGCCCUCAUCUUCGCCGCCAUGUUCCUCAAGGUCCUGACCACCUGGCAGGUGUGCGACCGCAAGGGCGGCGUGGUGCGGCCGCUCAUGCUGGUGCUGCGCGCGCUGGGGUUGGCCGCGCCCCAGGUGCUCGUGUCGGUGGGCUGGCUGGCGCUGGUGCCGCCCUCCGUGCACAUGGUGGCCCCGGCCGAGGCCGCCGCCCCGCACGCCAUGUGGCAGUGCGACGGCAGCCCCGGCGAGCACACCCAGGCCCCGCACGUGCUCCUCUCCCUGGCCUACACGUGCCUCCUGAUGGUGGCGACCGCGGUGCUGGCGCUGCUCUGCUCCUCCAAGGAGGAGCUGCUGGAGGAGGGCACCAUGCUGCGCCAGGAGUCCCGGUGGAUCCUCGUGUCCGCCGUGGCCGUCGCGGUGCAGCUCGGCUGCUGGGGACUGGUUGCCGUGGCCGCGCCCUCGCUCGCCGGGCCCGCAGCUGCUUGA